AUAUAUAUAUUAUUUAUAUAUAUAUAUAUAUUUAUAAUAUAUAUAUAUACCCAGCUCAGCCACCCAGAUCUUAACCAGGGUGACAACCCACAACAAAUACAUUUGGAAUAUGACGAGUGUUACUUCUCUAUACGAGAUUAAAGAACCGAUUCGAACUCCGAACUCGGUUUCUCACAGAUCUUCGACCACAAUCGAUCGUAAAGCAGUUGGUGGCCCAGUGGAUAUCGGCUCGUCUGCGUCUCGCAAUCGGAAGAUUACCCUAUCGUCUGGCGCGCCUCCAGUCGGAGCGUCAUCCGUGUCCAUCAUAUCCACUUCGUCAAACAGCAACACCACAUCGUCUACGUCUUCGUCGGCCCAAUACUACAUGCGUUUGAACAGCCAUAAUUCCUUGAUCUCAUCCAGUGGGCCAGGAGGUAACAACAACGGCAACAACAACACCUCCCAUAGCACAAUGGUUCCGUCUCAUCCUUGCAAAUUGGAUCGCAGCAUGAGUGAACCUGCCGAUUCCUCUCGCUCUGCAGCCAUCGCCAAUGGCCACCACCACCACAACGGCAACCACCACAAUAACAACAACAACAACAAUAAUAAUGGUGUUGGUAGUUGUAGCAGUAGUAGCAGCAGUGGCAGCAGCAGCAGCCUGAGUCAAAUAAAUUCUAACAAGUACAAGACAGAACUUUGUCGUUCCUAUGAUGAGAGUCGUCAAUGCAAAUAUGGUGAGAAGUGCCGCUAUGCCCAUGGCACCACGGAGCUGAGGACGCCAGCCAGGCACCCAAAGUACAAGACGGAACCCUGCCGCACUUACCAUUCCAGCGGCUUCUGCCCCUACGGUCCUCGGUGCCACUUUAUCCACAACGAGAACGAGCGCAAGACCUCUUCAGGUACCACCGCUUCCAGCUGCUCCUCCAACACUUCCGCUGCCGCCGGUGGGGCCAUGUCGUCCGGUGGUGGGUCACCUUCGUCUUCCUCCUCGUCAUCCCCGUCUCCCGGCCUGUCCGUCAGUCUUCACAAUGCUGUCAACAGCAAUGCAAUCGGGGUCGCCGGCCCCACGAGCACUGCGGCCGCCACCUCUCCACCUCCCCUCCACCUCCCCCACCACUCGCCCCACCAGCAACACAACUCUCACCAUCACCACCACCAAAGUUCCUUGUUAAAAGAGUCUGGUCUCAGCCAUCAACAGCAACAGCAGUACCAUAGCAACAGCAGCAGUCACUACAGCCAAAACGGUACCAGUGGUACUAAUGGGGUUUCACUAUUGACAGGGCCUUCCAGCUUGUCACCCCAGCACUCGCCACCUCUUCCUCAAUUCUCCCCGUUCUAUAGUUCACGACUGUCUCCAACAGGUGGCGCCGCAUUCGGUGCUAACAACAGCAGGCCUAAGCUGAUCAGUUACAACUCCAGCCCACCUUCUCUUGGAUCCACAGGUGACUCUCCCCCUCCGUCCAGCGUCAGCGAGAGUCCGACGAGGAGUCUCAACCGGCAGAGUCCUCUCUUCUUCGGCGACGAUUUCCCAAACAACAACAACAACAAUAAUAUUAACAUCUACAACAACCACCUGAAUAACAUGAACGCCGCCACAACCCCAUCUUUCACCACUUCGACCACCUCAAACUCCGCUGGACCAUCCAGCCUCAUCAUCAUCAACAGCAGCAACAUGGGAGGCAACAACAUCAACAAUAACAACAACCACAUCAAUAAUAUUAACGGUAUGCUCUCUUCUUCGACGGCUACGGGGUUGUCCAGCAAUUUGUCCGCUCUCGGGAGACUCGCCAUGUCCUCCUCUCACAACGUUGGGGACGAGCUCGCUUUGGCCACCUCCAGAUUGUCCCCAAAUGCUCCUGGCACACCUACGACGCCACCACCGCUCCCCUACGAGACGGUGCGACAGCAUGAGACCUACGAGAACAGCUUCCACCCCUUCAAUGCUUUCAACUUGACCGGACAGGACUACACCAGCGGAACCGGCAGUUUUACUUCACCUGGUCAGUCUUCAUACAAGAUGUUUUACCAAACUCUCAACGACCCUUCUGGAGCAGCUCACAUCUCGUCGAAUUCUUCGUCUUCGUCUUCUCUGUCCUCCUCGUCGACCUACGACGCUUUCUUCAGUUUGGGAGCCGCCGAGAAACCCUUUGCUACUUCCAGAAUGCCAAUGUGGACCGAUUUGGAGGCGUAAGGAUGUCUUUUAAACCUGUUUGUUCAUUAAAAGAAAUGAAGAGAGAGAGAGAGAGAGAGAGUGACAGUGAGAGAGAGACAAACAGACAGCCAAAAAAAAAAAAGCGAAUCCUUUUUUUGGUGUCUGGUCUCUUCAAAGCCGCUUGUUUUAACGAACAAGCCAUGCUCUCCAACUCCUUCAUCUUCUAAUUAAUUAACUUUAAAACAUUUCAAUCCUACCUUUACAACAAAUUGCUGUGCUGAUGACGACAACAAUGUAGAAGCAAUCAUUUAACACACAAGCUCUCGUUAACAUUAAUAUUGCAUGUACACACAACACUUGCCAACCUCUCUGCUCAAAGCUGACCCUUCCUCUCUUUCUCGGGUUUCAUCAAUUUUAAGUUAGUCUCUACAUAUAUAAAAAAAAACAGUAUUGCUAAAUUUGGGCCUUUUAAUGUGAAAUAUAUAAAUUAAAAUUAGCAACGAAAUACAUAUAUUUUAACAUGCAUAUGUUAAAAUAUCAGGAAUCCCACAUUUUGUAAUUUAUAAAUUAAAAUUUUUUUUUCUUCAUUUUGAAAAAAAAGAAACAAACUGCUUUCUCUCGGACUGCGAUAUCCAAAAUGAAAAAAAGUUUUUAACCAUAUUUUUAAAAUAAAAAAAUUACCCCACAUUCUAAGACUUCUCCCCACCCAUUUACAAGAAGUACCCAGCGUAACCACCCUGAAUUAAUAUUAACUCUUAAUUACAUUGGAGGAGAGAAACUUAAAACUUCGUUUCUUGCGAUAAUUGUAAAAUUAUAUCAAAAACAUUGAAGGUUUUCACUUCCUGAGAAUCCAUUAUGCUGAAACAAAGGCAAUAGACUUUUUCUGCCUAAGGGGAAAAUAAGACCCCUUCCAAUGUGCAUGUGUAUAUAUAUAAUAUAUAUGCUAUUUUAAUUUCUAUAUAACUUUCUCCCUUUCCACAUAUCAAGUUUAAAACAUACACACAUAUAUAUACAUGUAUAUAUAUGUAUAUAUGUAUGUAUGUAUUUAAUAACUGAAGUGAGGGAAUGAUUGUCCAGUGUGUAUAAUGUAUAUAUACAUAUACUGCAUGUUUAUAGACAUAUACAUACAUGCAGGAUAUAGUUUGCUGUUAAUCUCUUCCUCUUUCCCUAUACACAAAAAACUCUCCCCCUGUCCCCUGAUUUUACAAGAGUUGGCAUUUAAUUUCUACCCAGGAGAAAAAGGGCAGGGGGCAGUAUGGGUGGGUUGGUGGGUGUGUGUGUGUUAGUCUUUGUCUUGGCGGCGUAGGGGUCGGUCAGUUAAUUUGUUUCUUCCCUCCCUCCAAGACAAAGGGAUUAUAUAUAUAUUUUUUUUUUUCCUUUUUCAUUGCCUCUUAAGUUAUUAAAUAUUCGAUUUAAUUUAUUUAUUUAUUU